GUGAGCUUAGUGGGGAGCGUGAGCGAGCCCGUGAUGAAAGUCGGUCUAGCCACCGUGAAACUUCAAGUUUCAUUGAGGACGAAGGCCAUACAGCUCAUGGAAGAAAAAUUAGAAAUGACGGCGGAAGCGGUAAAGAUAGGUCUUCUGUAUUUAGCAGACCUCAACUGCAUAGUAACGUCCUGGACAACGUACCCAUCAACUAUAGGUUCUUUGACCCGGGCACAAAGCAACAACGCAAAUCAACUCACAAUUGCGAUUCCCAGCGGAAAGUUCUCACAAUUAAAUGUGCCAAAACUGCAAUCCAAUGUCCAGAUAUGUCCCGAAGUGUAUCCAGUCGCCGAUUCAAAAGUGCCGAUAGUGGUACCAACAUCAGCACCCUUAAUCGCGAUUGUGGGGAAGCCAAGGCUAUCUCCCGACCAACUGCACAAUCGGGGUCAAAUAAUGAAAAACUAAGAACCCAAGAGACGGAGGAUCUUGGUUAUAAAAUAAACUAUGCUGACACGAAUAUAAAGCUUUUUGCAACAACUGAAGGCGACCAAAUUGAAUUCUUAACUCAUCAGCGAAAUAUUUAUAGUAUUGAUUCAGUUUCAGGAAUACCAAAUCGGUCUCAUGAGUACCAUUGCAUGGAUACUUUAAGCAACACUGAAACAUUAGCUAUUGGUUCAACUAUGAGUGACCAUAAAUUUCAGAUGGAAAACACUGAUAAUCUACCAAAUCCAAGCUGCAACUUAACAAAAAUCUCAAAAACUGAGCAAUUAGAUUACACUUUAACUGAAAAGCAUGUCAGUCCACCAUCUGCCUUUGUUGACAGAGUUGGUUAAAUGUAAUUAGCUAAUAUUUAAUAUUACUGCAUUUAUUACUCUAAAGGGCUCAAUGGGCUAUUAUUACUAAAUGUAAAUAUCUUCUAGUGUAGUCGAAUUAUGAACAUUAACACUUUUUAACUACAUAUGAGUUGAACGUUCGGUUUAACUGUGUGUACCAAUAUA